AUGGUGGCCUGGCUGUCCUCUGCAGAAAUCGCCAAGGAUACUUAUGCCUUUGAGAAACUGAUCUUCACAUGUUUUGGUUGCUACAUCUGGGAGAUUGGCACGACUUUGAGCUUUGAAAUAUCACUACUGACGGGUCGACGGCGAUUUCGUUGGCCCUUGGGUGCAUCCAAUCAAUGUCUUCAAUUUCUCGCUAACUACCGAUGUCCUCCAGCAUUCUUUUUUCUGUCGAGAUACUGCAUGCUCUUCUCCUUCAUCGGACUCAUCAUCUCGCUAUCCGUCCGCCAUCCGAUCAAUUGCGGGGCGCUGUUUACCUUCAACUCCUGGACAGGAAACAUGGCAAUUCUGGGCUGCUCUACGUCGCUAAUGCUCCGAACUUUCGCUUUGUGGGAGCGAAAGCGCUCCGUGGUUGUCCCGAUCGGCUUGCUGUCUUUGGUGCACUGGGGGCUCUUGUAUCGCACUAUGUUCGUCAUCCAUGCCGUCUGGGACGGUUCUGCAUGUAUCGUCGCUUCGACAAACCCCACGCUCCUCAAGUGUACUUUCUUCUACACCAUGGGAUUUGAUUUCGGUGAGGCGGUUCCCUUGUACGAAUAUGAUGCAUUAAUUGCUGUCGGGAUCGCAGUCAUUACCUGCACAACAGCGGUCUCGCUCAUGUCACGGCAUUCGGAAAGAACUGAUCUUUGGAGGUUGCUUUUCACUGAUGGCCUGGUAUACUUCGUCUUGACCUUCAGUAUGAACAGUAUUCCAGCAGUUCUCAACCUGAUCAACCUUAACGCGACAAUGAAUGUUAUCGGGACUAUCCCUGCUGCAACAGUAUCAACAAUCGCAGCCUGUCGGGCCGUGAUGCGCCUGCUCGACUUCAACUCUGAUGUCUAUGUCCACUCACUCGGCGCACUCCCGACAAGCAACCCGCGCCACAGCGGCGGGCCGUUUUCCCUGUCCUCCCGCCCAAUCUCGCGGUUCACGCUCAGUGGCAGUCGACCCGAAGGUGUGCUCGUCACGAGACAACAAAUCACCAUGACAGAACUUGAAUUCCAACCACCCCUGCCGACGCUUAAUAAGCAUAGCGUUGAACGAUACGAAGUCGAGGGCGAGGAUCAGCACGGUCUAAGCCGCCGCGAUGCGAGCUCGCCAGAUGGCACAUUUGAGUCGUGCAGGUAG